AUGGCUUCAAGAGCUGUAGCUUCCAUCGCCUUGCUUAUUUCCCUUAACCUUCUCUUCUUCAAUAUGGUAACCGCUGCCACUGGCACUUGCCCUGUUGAUGCCCUAAAACUGAAGCUAUGUGCCAACGUGUGGGGGAUUAUUCAAAUCCCUCCAAAUCAACCUUGCUGUAGCCUUCUUGGUAAUCUUGUUGCUCUUGAAGCUGCUGCUUGCCUUUGCACUGCCAUCAAAGUUAAUGUGUUGGGGCUAAACCUAAAUGUUCCACUUGACUUGAGCUUGUACCUCAACAAUUGUGGGAAGAAGGUUCCAAAAGGAUUCAAGUGCCCUUAAAUUAUAAUACUCCAUUAAUACUUCUUUCAGUUUCUAUUUUCUCCUAAUU